AUGGCUUCCCCCUACCCGGCCCCGGGGACCACGACUGGCGACAGCGGCGGAGAGCUGAGCUCGGGGGACGAGUCCGGGGACGUGGGGGAUUCCCCGCCCGGCCUCGAGGGGGAGGCCCCCAGGAACCUGGUGGAGCUCUUUGAGAAGGCGGCGGCUCACCUGCAGGGCCUGGUCCAGGUGGCCAGCAGGGAGCAGCUUCUCUACCUGUACGCCAGGUACAAGCAGGUCAAAGUUGGAAAUUGUAAUACACCUAAACCAAGCUUCUUUGAUUUUGAGGGGAAACAAAAAUGGGAAGCAUGGAAGGCACUUGGAGAUUCAAGUCCUAGCCAAGCAAUGCAGGAAUAUAUUGCGAUGGUUAAAAAAUUGGAUCCGAAUUGGAAUCCUCAGAUACCAGAGAAAAAAGGGAAAGAAGUAAAUACUGGAUUUGGUGGAGCAGUUGUUAGUUCUUUGUAUCAAGAAGAAACUAUCAGAGAAGAAGACAAAAACAUAUUUGAUUACUGCAGGGAAAACAACAUUGACCACAUAACCAAAGCCAUCAGAUCAAAAAAAGUGGAUGUGAACAUGAAAGAUGAAGAGGGCAGGGCUCUACUCCAUUGGGCGUGUGACCGAGGACAUAAGGACCUAGUAACAGUCCUACUGCAGUAUACAGCUGACAUUAAUUGUCAGGAUAAUGAAGGCCAGACAGCCCUGCAUUACGCCUCUGCCUGUGAGUUCUUAGACAUUGUGGAACUGCUGCUGAAGUGUGGAGCUGACCCCACCCUACGAGACCAGGAAGGCUGUCUGCCCGAGGAGGUGACGGGCUGUAAAGCUGUCUCUUUAGUACUGCAGCAACACACAGCUGGCAAAGCUUAACUCCAUAGCUGGGAAGCUGCAGCCUUUACUAGCCCAGGGCUUCAAUAAUGAAAGAAAACUGCAAUAAUAACCCUUCUCUGCCACUCUUCUUUGGUAUGCAUUGGCUAAUGAGGAAUAGGACACUCAAAGUUGUUGACUGGUGGUUCAGAUCCUCACCAAUCCAUUCUAUCUGCAUACAUUUGGGAGAAUAGAUGAACUUAUAUGCAGUGCAUAAUGUGAUCUGCUCCUUUUGAGCAUGCUCUGAUAUUUAUCAGUGCUCAAGAGGGCGGGAAAAGAAAGCAGAUCAUCUUUCACAACAUCCAACGUGGCUGUUCUUUAAAAUAUAGAUAUAUAAGCAAAAAGUGACCAUUUUACACAAAAAAAUGAGGGUAUUCGUGAAAUACCUUAUUUUGUGGUAACCAAAUGACAAGUGGCACUAACACAACUGGACUUAGACAUUCCAAGUGAACUCCUCAUUUGACAUACACAUUUGAGAAGUGAAGAAGAGGUAGUGAUCAAAACCAGUAAGAAAAAAGGUUGCAUUCUCUGAGGGAGGUGGAAGGCAUAAGGAGAAUCAGUUAUUUUAUGAAAUCCUCCAGAUCUUGUGUACUUUAGAAUAAGAUCCAGUAAACACUCUCAGAGGAAGAGAUGUUGAUAAUGGACAAAGCACUGGUUAAGCCAGUAUUCUCCUAACCAACUCGAGGGGAGAAGAGAGUGGGAUUUUCUUAGUACCCAACUCUCUCUCUUCAAAUAUAAUGCUUGUAUCAGAAGGAUUUCAGCAUUUUGUUAGGUAAGAGGCUUUUAAGGUCGAGGAUGAACUGAUGUGCAAUUACCCAGGGCUUUUGAGAGUGGAGUGGACAUGAAGGUAACUUCUGUUGUUAUAAAAGUGUGCAGAUGCUUUUUAAGCAUAUGCCAGUGUCCAUCCUGGGCUGUAAGUUUGUUUUUUGAUCCAGGCUCAACCUAAUCCAGGAAACUCUUUUGAAAGCUGUUACUGCAUUUGAGGGGUAUAAUCGAUAUCAACAAAAUAGGAGCAGGCCAGUGUCUCAGAACUUUGGUUGGUGGCUAAGCUUUCCAUCAGCUUAUUACCUUCCCACAAGGAGUUCUUUCAUGGCAGAAGUCAGGCAUG